AUGGCAGGCCGUGGUUCCUGUCUUGAAACCAUGCGGCUAUGCCCAAGAAAGCCAAUAUCCUCUGCUGUGGUGGACUUCAACUACUGAACCCGCCCACAUCGCAUGCCAGCAUCUCCCGUACACAGACAGUUUUCAACUACAGAUUCUAUGCCACAGCCCAUGAUAUCCCAAAUGAUGAUAUAACUUGGCCGGCGACCACAUCCUUUACCCCCUACGACCUGUUCAAGCAAGACCGUGGAGCUCCGUAUUCCAAACACCGUUUCUACGAUUUCGUGAAGAUCUACCAUCCAGAUCGACCAUGUAACGGCCACCCGCAGUGCAAAGGCAUCUCCCCAGAAGUUAGACUCCAGCGAUAUCAUAUAGUGGUGGAAGCCCACGAGAUUUUAUCAAAUCCGGCUAAGCGGGCAGCAUACGACCAAUUCGGCCUCGGAUGGAGUCUACAUCCACCUCGACCGAUGGGCUCGUGGUCAAGACCAGGCUAUGAUGGAGCCGGUCCGAUCUUUGCCAAUGCGACAUGGGAGGACUGGGAGCGGUGGCAUAAUCGACAUCAACCCAAGCAGCGGCAUGUUGUUGACCACCGAACUUUUGCCAAGGCCAUCAUUCUUCUUACCCUCUUUGGAGGUGCUGUACAGGCAUCGUGGAUUACUCAGAUAAAUACUGGAUAUGAAGAACGACUCCGGGCGGUCAAUGAAAAAUCAGCCCGGUUUCUAACGGGGCGCCAGCAGAAUACGACUAACCAGGGGGGUUCAUCCGAGGCGAAGAUGCAGCACUUUCUCAUACGCAGGGAUCCUACGGGGUCUGGGUUGAAGGAAGAGGAGCAACCGAUUUAUCAAGACGUUCUGCAUCCCAGAAAGCCAUCCCUGGAUAAGGUUCAGAAUUCGGUUCCGAAGAAUGGACUAGCCCAGGCGAAGGAGCCCGGGAAGAGUUCGUGAUUUUUCUUCCACCUACGCUGUUGGUAUUUUUUUUUAAAUUAACGUCCCUAAGACUAUGACGCUAUGACUAAGGGGUCAUUGAGGACGGCGCAGGCAUUGUCCAGCUAUAACAUCGGAUUGUACAGUAUCAUUCAAACAAAAAGCACACGGACUGUCAUGGUUGCAUAAAUUUCAAUGUCGAUUUCACUGCCCACGGAUUUCCUUCACUCAUCGACGUAUCUUGGAGUAGAUACAUGAUUCAUUACCCCUGUACCUACUACAGCCUACCAUGAAUCGC